AUGGUUGAAGCUGAAGCAGAUCCUUUGGGAUUCGUGCUAGUUGGUGAGUCUUCUGAAUCUCUUGAUCUUAAUGAUAUUCUUCACCGAGUAUAUGUCUUGCAAAAGAAAAAGAAAGAAAGAGAAGUGUUGAUGUUGAAAUGGAAAGAUGAAGAAGAAGUAGAGGAAGAGACUUCGAAUUUUAUUCUUAUCGGUAAAGCUUCUUCAAUACCUUACAGCAUGAAAGAGAUUGUUCGCCAAAUCAAAGUUAAAGAAAGGCGAAGAGAAGCUAAGAUAGCUCGAGGAGAGAUUGUUGAUGAUGAUUCUGAUAUAGAAUUGUUUGGUGAUGAAGAAGAAGAUGAAGAUGAUAAUGAUGACGAUGAUGACAAGUCUGAUAAGAAUGAUGAUAAAGAUGACAAGAAGAAUGAUGAUGAUGAUGAUGAUCAGGGUGCUUCUUGGUUAUUGGUUGAGAAUCCUAAUGUUCAACAAAGGAUUGAAGAGUUGCUAAACGAUGAAAUCAAUGAGCAGGAGGAUGAUCUACAUCAUGAAGCCUCUACAUCUGAAUUGGGAUUGAAAGAUGGGAAAUUUAAAUUUGAUAUCGAAGAUGAGAUUCCUCGGUCACCAGCAAAGGAGUUUGAGUUUAGGUAUGCUCAUGAAGCUGAUCACUACAAUGAUGUUAUUGUUGAAGAUGCUUCAGACUCCUCUGAUGAAGAAACUGAUUUCCAUUAUUCUGGAAUUGAUUAA